CUGCGGCCACCAUCAUUUUUUACCUCAAUGAAAACAUACCAGCGCUGACAGCGUACACCUUUGUCACCGCAAAAUCAGCCCCCAACACACGCAUCCACAUCGAUCAUAUCUCGACAAGUGCAUGAACUGGGAUGUCUGCAACCGAAUGGUACGCUCACAAAUCGCUCGGAGACGGACUCUUCUGGAUCCAGGAGCGGUUCUACCAGUCUGAGAACCGGGCUAACAUCUGGCUGAUCCGCGGCACGCACCAAGACGUGGUGAUAGACACGGGUCUGGGCUUGAGGAGCUUACCUGACUACAUCAACGCCAAGGCGCUGCUGGGUGACGAUCCGCAGAGGAAGAACCCGCUGCUAGCCAUCGCCACCCACGCCCACUUCGACCACUCGGGCGGCCUGCAUCAGUUCCAACAGGUGGGCGUCCACAGCGCCGAGGUCGAUGCCCUGGCCAACGGGGACAACUUCGAGACGGUCACCUGGCUCAGCGACAGGGAGAUCGUCCAGUCUCCCAGCCCGGGAUGGAGGGCAAGGCACUACAAAGUCAAGGCGGUGCAGCCCACACACAUACUGCAGGAGGGUGAUGUCAUCAACCUGGGUGACAGGCAGCUGACAGUGCUUCAUAUGCCAGGUCACUCUCGGGGCAGCAUCUGCCUCCACGACCGUGAGAAUAAGUUGCUUUUCAGCGGAGAUGUAGUGUAUGACGGUGCCAUGAUUGACUGGCUGCCCUACAGCCAUGUCAGCGACUACAUCGGCAGCUGUGAGCGUCUGGUGGGGCUGGUGGACAGUGAACAGGUUGAUCAAGUCCUCCCGGGACACUACAACACGUUUGGAGCGAAGCGGCUGCACCGAAUUGCAUCCACGUACAUCAACAGAGCGGGAACGUGCCCCGCGAGGUUCUCCACGUUCGCCUGGAGGACUCUGGCCGGUGUGGCGCUACGAGCAUCCAACCCACGCAGUGCCUGCUGAUGAGAAGGCACAGAAGCGGAAAGAAGCACAUGCACACAAACAGUAAAUGUUUGUGAAAUCUGGAGGACGAGGUGGAGGGUGGGGUGAGGAGAAACCCUCCUCACUGAGGUGUAACUUGGUGUAAUAUUGUUUGUUUACUUAUGUAAUCCAACAGAAUUCAUAUAAUUGCCAAACUAUAAAAUUCCCCUCUUGGGUUACAUUAGUCAAUACUCAGCAUCAUAUAGAGCAUACAUAUAGAGGAAAUAUAAAGUAUUUAUGUGAUUGUUAAACUCUGAAGAAUAUGUAUUUGUUGAUUUGAACAUGGUUAGAUGUAUGAUUUUUAUACUUUAAUUGAUGGUGAAGUUAUAAUGGCACAACUCAGUACUACAAACAAAAAGCAGGGAGCUUUGGGUUCUGCUCUGAGGCAUUUCAACAGAGUUGAUAUGGCCAUAGUAUUUCCCUAUGCAUACUACAAUGCUCAGUGAAGACUCAGUCUACUACCUCCUAUGUUUGUAACAGUACUUUGUACUAUUGAUUUAUCCAAGGCUUUGACAUUUAAACUGACAAUAAAGCCUGUGUUCUAGCUGA